UUCCACAACCACGAGCUGCAGAGUAACUGAGGAAGACAACACACCAGAUUUCUGAGGCAACCAAGAUCAACACCACCUGUGCUGUGCAAGAUGGAGCACGGCCACGCGACCAACCGCGUCGACGAGUACGGUAACCCGGUGGCCGGACAUGGCGUCGGCACCGGCAUGGGCACCGGCGCGGCUGCAGGUGGGCAUUUCCAGCCCACGAGGGAGGAGCACAAGGCCGGAGGGAUCCUGCAGCGCUCCGGCAGCUCAAGCUCCAGCUCGUCUGAGGAUGACGGCAUGGGCGGGAGGAGGAAGAAGGGCCUCAAGGACAAGAUCAAGGAGAAGCUCCCCGGUGGCCACGGUGAUCAGCAGCAGACCGGUGGCACCUAUGGGCAGCACGGACACACCGGAAUGACCGGCACCGGGGAGCAUGGCGCCACCGCCACCGGCGGCACCUAUGGGCAGCAGGGACACACCGGAAUGACCGGCACGGGGGCGCAUGGCACCGACGGGACUGGCGAGAAGAAGGGCAUCAUGGACAAGAUCAAGGAGAAGCUGCCCGGACAGCACUGAGCCCGGCCAGCGGCAGCUACUUGAAACUUGAGGUGCCGGUCUGGCUACCUUGCAGAAUAAUAAGAUGGAGAUGCAGUAAAACUUCCGCAAAUAAAGUGAGCUUGCUCACUUGUAAUACCUGAGUUCUGAGUUUGGUGGACUUGAAUUUGGGUUGCUUGUAUGUACCCGCCGGGACGUUUUGUUCUCUGAACGUCGAGUGUGUAUUUUCUUUUGGUAGUACUAUAUGUAUGAUUAUAUUAUAUAUGUAUAAUACAAUAUAUUUUGCCCAUUUACUUGCGGAAA